AUGUUGGGUAAAUUCAUAACAAGAUAUUCAUAUGAAGAAGUAAAUUUUGAAUCUCUUCAUAUAGAAGGUUUUCAGUACAAUACAUUUUUAACUUUCAAAAUUAAACAGGUUUUAAUAAGUUCUUCAAGAUCAGAAGUUGGAUAUAUAUUUCCAAACGAAAAUAAUGCAGCUAUUUCAGAUAUACUUUUUGUUAUUGGGGAUAAACAAAUUAGACCUCAACUUAGAAAAUCAGAAGAAGCAGCAAAAGAAUACCAGGAGUCAAAAGAAAAAGGAUAUUUGUCAUUAAUUGGAUCUGAUUCUUCAGGAAAUGAAAUUUAUUUCUUUUUCGGAAAUUUGCCGAUUGGUACAAGAAUUGAAAUAAGUUAUACCAUCUCAUAUUUGGCAGAAAUCAAUAACAAAGGGUAUUUCUUCAGAUUUCCUAUUGCUUCAAAAGAUCAAAUUGAUUAUAAUACAACAUUGCCAAAUUCAAUUUCAUUUAAGAUUAACAUCAAAACAGAUAAAAAUAUAAGUGAAAUUGAAGGAAAUGAAACCGCAAUUAUCAAUUUAAUUGAUAAUCAUAACGCAAUUGUUAAUCUUGACGAAUUUGAACCUGCAAUUUUUGUCCAAACAUUGAUAAGCGACCAAGAUAAAAGCACAGCUGUUUCAAGCGAUGAUUAUAUAGCAGUUUCUGCAUAUAAGGAAUUUAGCACAAAAUCAAAUGGUUAUGAAUGCAAGGCAGAUUAUUUCUUUGUCAUUGAUUGUUCUGGUUCAAUGGAAGGCAAAAGAAUUCAAAAAGCAGUCAAAUGCCUUCAUCUUAUGUUGCAAUCUCUUCCUAUGAAGUGCAGAUUCUCAAUAUUUUGUUUUGGAACCGAAUUCAAACAAAUAAUGCCAAUUGCUGAAUAUAACAACGAAAAUGUUUUGCUUGCUAUGAAUAUGAUUAAAAACAUUCAAGCAGAUAUGUAUGGAACAAAUAUAUACGAUCCAUUGAAAUGUAUUUUCUCAUUAGAAGGAAUGACAAAGAAAAUCUUCCUCUUAACAGAUGGUGAGGUAAAUAAUGCUGAAGAAAUUUUAAAUUUAGCUGAAGAAAAUAAAAAAUUCGGAAACAUUUACACUGUCGGAAUUGGAUCUGGUGCAGAUCAAUGUCUAAUUAGAGAUCUUGCUGAGAUAACAGAUGGAAAAUGGACAUAUGUUUUGGAUAAUGAAAAUUUCGACCAAAAAUUAAUUUCCUUAUUAUCUUCAUCUCUUGAGGAUAACUCAGUCGAAACGACAAUACAUGCAAAUGAAACAAUUGCUGAGACAAUUCCAUCACAUCCAUAUCCUUUAAAGUCGAAUGUCUCACAAAAUUAUUUCAUUAAAGCACCAUUUUGCGAAAAUAUAUUGAUCAGUGCCGAAGAGUUUGAUCUGCUUAUUCCUGUAAUGAAAAUCGAAGAUGGAAUUGGAAUGAAAAGCAUAUUUACAAAGAUGGUAAUUCAUGAGUAUGAAAGAUACUUGAAAACUCAUAAUGACGAAAAAAUGAAACAAAAAUGCAUUGAUCUUUCGAUAUCAACUGGAAUACCUUGUAAAUAUACACAUUACAUUGGUUCUAUUCCAGAAUGCGUUGUAGAUCUUGUUCAACAAUUCUGGAAGGAUCAAGAAGGAGUAAUGUAUAGUGAACUGCCAACUGAUGAAGAUUAUGAAAGGAUGCAAGAUACAUUCGUUAAUGAACAACUGAUUCAAGAUGAAAAACUAAAUCAAGUUCCAAUAAUUGGAGAUUUUGUUGAUGAUCAAGAUGAAAUCGAAAAACAAAACAUUGAUGGAUCAUGGGAUACAUUUGAUAAAAUGGAUUCAGAGAUUAAAGGAAAGUAUGGUGAAAAAGUUGCUGCUACUGUUGCAGCAAUCAUUUAUAUUUACAUUAAUCGCAAAUCACAAAUUGAUGCGCUAUCAUUGGUUCUCAAGAAGGCUUAUUUCUUCUUAAAGAAAGAAGUAAAGGACAUUAACUGGGAAGAAUUCAUUAAAAAUAAGCUUGAGAAUCAAAUUUAA